AUUAGCCAUCUAAACCAAUACUGCUCAGAGCUCAAACCAUUCACCUUGAUCUCAGUCAAGGGUAGAAGAACACCAGUAUGGCAGUUCGUGUCUUCCUCCUUGCCGCAGCGCUCCUGGCUGCCAUGUCAUGCUUUCAUGCCACUGCCUCCGAUCCUAGCCUUCUCCAAGACUUCUGUGUAGUCGACAAGAUGUCCAAAGUGCGUCUCAAUGGGUUCCCAUGCAAGGACGCAAAUGAUGUAGUGGCUGAAGAUUUCUUCUUCUCGGGCCUCCACAUGGCCGGCAACACAACCAACAAGCAGGGCUCCGCCGUCACACCAGUCAACGUAGCUCAGAUUGCAGGGCUCAACACAAUGGGCAUCUCUCUCGCUCGUAUCGACUAUGCGCCCUUUGGUCAAAACCCCCCUCAUACUCACCCACGCGGUACUGAGAUCCUAACCGUGCUCGAGGGCUCGCUCUACGUUGGCUUUGUGACAUCAAAUCCAGACAACAAGCUGUUCGCAAAGGUUCUCAACAAAGGCGAUGUAUUUGUGUUCCCUGAAGGGUUGAUCCAUUUCCAGUUCAACUAUGGAACAAAAAAUGCAGUGGCACUUGCAGCAUUGAGUGGCCAGAACCCAGGGGUGAUUACUGUGGCCAAUGCGGUAUUCGGGUCAAAGCCAUCCAUUCAAGAUUAUAUCCUUGCCAAGGCUUUCCAAGUGGAUAAGAUGACUGUUGACCGCAUCCAGGCGCAAUUCUAGGGAUAUGCAAACAUAUGUAUUCGUUAAUUAUCUAAGUGAUACAAUUUUCUUAUUCUUUGAUUAAGUUACAUGUCAUUCAAAUUUAUGUUGGUUGUGUGUAAUAUGCUAUAUGCUAGAUAUAUGUCCUUUUUGAUAUGUUGCGUGAAAAAUAGAGAAUGAAAUGUCACAUCAGAUGGUUAAUUUUCUCCCAUCUUUUCA